AAACAUGCUCCGUAUACUUUUGGUCCUUUUGGUUGUGCUUGCCAUUGUUCAUGUAACCGUUCAAUUUACAUUGGAGAAGAGAGGAGCCGCUUGGUUCCUACGCCCCAACUGGAAGCCCCCAACAAAACGAUUCUACUAUCCAGAUGGAGCUAUCGCCGCAAUUGCACCCAACGAUUUCGAUCAAUACAUCAUUUAUUGAUUUAUUUAAAGUUGAUUUUUGCUUUUUUGAGUUUGGGAAACAAUAAAUGAGAGUUGAUGUG